AUGAUGAAUCUUAAAUUCUCUUCUUUUUCUGGGACAUAUGUGGGUUUUAUUCUCCUACAGGUGAUAACAUUAACUUCAGAGCAUUUUAUGGUGACUAUUUCCACAGGACACUUAGUGGCUAUGGUAGGAGGACAGGCUGAGCUCAGCUGCCAGUUGUUUCCGCCACAGGAUGCAGAGCACAUGGAGGUGCGCUGGUUCAGAAGUGACCACUCCAAACCCAUUUACCUAUACAGAGAUGGCCAUGAUAUGAAAGGAGAAAUUGCCCCAGAAUAUGUGCACCGCACAGAGUUUGUGAAGGAGGCCAUUAGGGAGGGCAAAGUGACCCUCAGAAUUCAUAAUAUCAGCAUUUCUGAUGAUGGACCAUACCAGUGUUUAUUUAAAGAUGGUGGCUUCAGUGAAGCAUCUAGCAUGAACCUGAGUGUGGCAGCAGUUGGCCUGGAAACACAGAUCUAUGUUGAGCCCCUUUUCUCUGAUGCAUGCAUGGUGGAGUGUCACUCUGGAGGGUGGUUCCCUCAGCCCCAAAUGGAGUGGAGAGAUGACAGGGGAGAGGUGGUUCCACAUUCAUCAAAAUUGCCCUCACAGGAUGGAGCCAGGUUCUUCCACAUGAAGAUGACUGUUGUCCUCACAAACAAUUCCCAGGGCAAUAUUACUUGCUACAUUCACAACCCUUUAACAGGUGAAGUGAAACAAACAAGGAUCAUCCUAUCAAAUGGCCUGUUUGAAUCAGACUACAUUUGGAUCGUGUUUUUGGGUUUACUUCUGGGUAUAGUUUUGGUUUGCAUCGCUAUGCACCUUUAUAUUUUGCUUUCCAUAAAAAAAGUCUCUAUUCCAGAUCCUUUAUUUCUCUUGUACAGUGAUUGGAUGUGGGAUAUGGCAAUAGUGGUAUUUAUUAUGGUGGCUUUUUUCACCAUUCUAAUCUUCAUCUUAUACCUCACAGUAAAAGGACAUAAGAUAACAAGUAAUUAUAAAAGUGAUGACAAAGAUGCCUUCAACAAAAGGUACCUGUAUCCAAAUGCUGCAAGUCUGAGAGUUGUGCUGCCUGUAGUAGACCUACCUGAGAGUUGA